ACUUGUGGCAAAAUUGACAACUCUGUACACAGGUCGGAAGAAAGAAAGGCGUAUGGCAAUCUUCACAACGCCCAUGACACUCUGGACGAUUUUAAAAAAAACACUCUUGACAACUUUGAACAUUAUCUAAAAAUUUGCAAAAAACGUGGAGACAAAUCGGGAGAAGGAAAGGCGUAUGCCUCUCUUGGAAACGCCUAUCAGAAUAUGGGAGAUUUUAAAACGGCAAUAGACUACCACGAACGUAAUUUAAAAAUUGCAAAAGAAUUGGGUGACAGAUCGGGUGAAGGAAAGGCGUAUGGCAAUCUUGGCAUUAACCUUGGCAGCCUGGGAGAUCUUAAAACAGCCAUAGAUUACCAUGAACGUUAUCUAAAAAUUUCGAAAGAACUGGGCGACAGAUCAGGAGAAGGAAAGGCAUAUGGCUUUCUUGGAAAAUCUCAUCAACGACUAAGAGAUUUUAAAACAGCCAAAGACUACUAUGAACGCAAACUAAAAACAGCGAAAGAAUUGGAUUGCAGAUUGCAGGAAGGAUUUGCUUAUUGUUAUCUUGGUGACACUAAUUGCUAUUUAGGAGACCUUAAGACAGCCAUAGACUUCAAUGAACGUGGUCUCAAAAUUAUGAAAGAAUUGGGUCACAGAUUGGGAGAACGAAUAGCGUACGCCAAUCUUAGUCACGCGAAUCGAAGCCUGGGGAACUUUAAAACAGCCCAUUAUUACAAUGAAUGUCAUCUGAAAAUUGCGAAAGACAUGGGCGACAGAGCGGAAGAGGGAAAGGCGUAUGGUAAUCUUGGCAUUACCCAUCACAAUCUGGGAAAUUUUAAAACAGCCAUAGAGUACCAUGAACGUGCUCUAAGAAUUGCGAAAGAAUUGGGUGACAGAUCGGGAGAAGGAUUUGAGUAUUGCAGACUUGGCAUUGUCCAUCAAUGUAUGGGAAACUUUAAAAUAUCCAUAGACUACCUUGAACGUGGUCUAAGAGUUGCGAAAGAACUGGGAAACAGAUUUGUAGAAGGAGAAGCGUAUGGCAAUCUUGGCCUUACCCAUCACAGUCUGGGAAAUUUUAAAACAGCCGUAGAGUACCAUGAACGUGCUCUAGGAAUUGCGAAAGAAUUGGGUGACAGAUCGGGAGAAAGAGAUGAGUAUUGCAGACUUGGCAUUGUCCAUCACAGUAUGGGAAACUUUAAAAUAUCCAUAGAAUACACUGAGCGUGGUCUAAAAGUUGCGAAAGAAUUGGGAAACAGAUCAGUUGAAGGAAAAGCGCAUGGCAAUCUUGGCAAUGCCCAUCGCAGUCUGGGAAAUUUUGAAAAAGCAAGAGAUUACCAUAAACUUGAUCUAAAAAUUGCGAAAAAAUUAAAAGACAGAUCGGGACAGGGAAUGGCGUAUGGGAAUCUUGGCGGUGUCCAUGAGAAGCUGAGAGACUUUGAAAGAGCCAUAGAAUGCCAUGAAUGUCACCUUAAAAUUGCAAAGGAACUGGGUGACAGAUCGGGAGAAGGAAAAGCGUAUGGCAGUCUUGGCACUGCCUAUCACGGACUGGGAGAUUUUGAAAAAGCCAUUGAUUACCUUGAACGUGAUCUAAAAAUUGCGAUAGAAUUGGGGGACAGGUCAGAAGAGGGACUGGCCUAUGGUAAUCUUGGCUGCAUCAAUAACAGUCGGGGAGAUUUUGAAACAGCCAUUAGCUACUUUGAACGUCAUCUAGAAAUUACGAAAGACCUGGAUGACAGAUCGGGAGAAGCAGUAGCAUGCUCGAAUCUUGGUCGAGGUUUUGAAUGUCUUGGCCAAGUUUCAGUGGCUAUUGGAUAUUUCCAGCGCAGUAUUACUUUGUUAAAUAAUAUCAGAGAUCGUCUUCAUUUCAACGACGACUGGAAAGUAAGCCUGCGCGAUCAGUACCAGACAACAUACGCUGCACUUUGGCGCUUGUUGUUAGGAGAGGGCAAAAUUACAGAAGCUUUGAUUUCUGCCGAGCAUGGACGGGCACAGGGUCUUAAGGACCUUAUGGCAUUAAAUUAUGGAUUGGAAGUGAAUGACGCUGAGUCAGAUGAAGGAGACAUGAGAACCUUUAAUGAACUGUCCAGUCAUUUUCCCACGAAUACGAUAUUUAUGGCACUUGGAGAGAACGAAUUAAUUUUCUGGGUUUGUCAGGAAGGAACGGCCCUUGAAUUAAGAAUAAACCCAAUAGAUUCAAAGGGGAAAAUUAGCUCUUUCUUUGAGUCUCUUGUGGAGCUUGUCUGUCAGGAAAUUGGUGCAAGAGAAAAUGUGGAGUGUGAAGAUCGCUCACUUGAAUUGCUGAAUGGUAAAAGACAUGAAAGACCGGCAGUUAAAAGAUCAACUAGUGAUGGCAGUCAAUUCCAGAACUUAAACAAUUCUUUGAAUACUUUGUCCGACGUAAUCAUUGAUCCUAUUCAAGAUCUCUUUUGGGGAAGUGAAAUCCUAUUCGUCCCCGAAGGCCCACUCUGCUUGGCUCCUUUUGCCGCAUUGAAGAGUCCAAACUCCAAAUACCUCUGUGAAUCAUUCAGAAUUCGCAUAGCUCCAUCUCUUACCAGCUUGAAAAUAAUUGCCAAUUGCCCGGUAGAUUACCACGUCAUGUCUGGCGCGCUUCUUGUGGGUGAUCCGUGGGUGCAAGAUGUGACAAAACUACCAAGAUUGCCACAUGCCAGAGAGGAGGUAGAGAUGAUUGGUAGAAUUCUUGACUGUACACCUCUUAUUGGAAGACAAGCCACAAAGGAUGAAGUAUUAAGACGACUCGGUUCGGUUGCUUUGGUUCACAUUGCUGCACAUGGCAGCAUGAAAGCAGGCGAAAUUGCCUUGGCACCAAAUAGUGAGAUGGAUUUCCUUUUGACAAUGAGAGAUGUACUGGGUGUUCAAAUGCGAGCAAGACUGGUUGUACUCAGUUGCUGUCAUAGUGCUCAAGGAGAGAUCAAAGCAGAAGGUGUAGUAGGCAUAGCAAGGGCAUUUUUGGGAGCCGGUGCUCGUUCUGUUCUCGUGUCUUUGUGGGCAGUUGAUGAUAAAGCCACUCUUGAGUUCAUGAAAAAUUUCUAUCAGCAUCUUGUAAAAGGAAAAAGUGCUGGUGAAGCCUUAAAUCAAGCAAUGAGCUGCAUGAGAGAAUCUGAGGAGUUUGGCGCAGUCAAGUACUGGGCACCGUUUGUGCUCAUUGGUGAUGACGUUACAUUAGAAUUCGCUUUAUGUGAAUAA